AUGGCCAAAAGUCGACCCAGUCUUUUCCCUUUUUUUUUUCUUUUUUUUUUCGCCGAGGCAUGUGAACAGGAACGGAAUAUCCUUACGUUAGCACGCCUUCGCCAGAAAGGAGAAGAAGAAGAAGAAGAAGAAGAGGUGGAAGUUUCCAAAUUUGGCAUCACAGGUGCACUGGAAGGCCUUGUGUUCGUUGUCUGGGCACGGACACGACGAGGGGCGAGACCUUGGGUUGGGGAGAGACAGCCGAGCCGAGAGACAACCACACCACCAUCACCACCACCACCACUACCACCGAUAUACAUUGACUGA